UGGCUACUGGCCGUAGGCGGCCCUCAGGACGUGAAGGUUUGGCCACCGUGUAGCUCGUGUUUUGAUUUGUGUGUGCUGUCCGUCCUUGAAGUAGCUCGCCAAGUACUCAUCACUUGCCGCCCUCGCUAUUACCAAGUACUGGCGUAAGCUCAUCCUUAGCCUACAUUACUGCUCCUCUCUUGACAUCGGGCUGCGGCGAUGGGGAAAGUGGUGUGUGAACUUUGCAAAAAGAAGUGCUCAGGGAAUGCACUACGUGUUCAAGAUCGCUACUUUCACGUUGAGUGCUUCAAGUGUGCCGUGUGUACCAGCUCUUUGGCCCAGGGAGGGUUCUUCUUCAGAGAUGGCAAAUACUACUGCACUGGAGACUACCAGAAAAUGUUUGGCACCAAGUGUGCCGGCUGUGGCCAGUUUGUUGAGGGAGAAGUGGUUACAGCUCUGGGAAACACUUAUCACCAAAAAUGCUUUGUCUGUGCCAGGUGUCGGCAACAGUUUCCCAGUGGGGAAAAGGUGACCUAUACUGGCAAAGAGUGCCUUUGUUCGAAGUGUAUCCAAAUACCUGUAGUGACUUCCCAAUCAGGGGAAGAGCCACACAUCAACGGAGCAAUCAAAUGUGCAGGAUGCUCGGAUGAUCUUAGGGAAGGUCAAGCCUUGAUUGCCUUGGACAAGCAGUGGCACAUUUGGUGCUUCAAGUGCACACACUGCAAUAUUGUUCUUCAUGGCGAGUACAUGGGCAGAGAAGGUCAACCGUACUGUGAAAAAGACUACCAGAAGCAGUUUGGUGUCAAGUGUGCCCACUGUGAUCGAUUCAUCUCUGGCAAAGUGUUGCAGGCUGGAGAAAACCACCACUUUCAUCCCACAUGUGCUCGGUGUUCUAAAUGUGGAGACCCCUUUGGGGAUGGCGAGGAAAUGUACCUGCAAGGAGGCGCCAUCUGGCAUCCGCGCUGUGGUCCAGGGCCUGAUGGCAAAGCAGAAGACAGAAAGCUGGAUGAAAAAGACGCGGUUGCUGAGGAGCAGACUGUUGGCACGCAUCCUCCCAGCCCCAAGAGCUUCCGUUCAGCCAGCCCACUCGGCUCUUUGAAAAACCAGUUUGGCAGGUCAUCCAGCCCUGGCAGCUUACUCGACAAGGAGCCCAUGCUGAGCGACCUGAGCCGUGUGUACGCAUACAGCUACCUGACUGCAGAGCCAACCCAGGGCUAUCUACGCAGGCCUCUUGAACCACACCCACCCAAGUCACCCCAGUUUCACCGGCCUCCAGAUGGCUUGGGAAGUCGAAAAAAGCUGCCCAUUAAGCCUCACACAAAGCAAGGAAUGCAAGUUCUCGUGGACACGAUCCAGUCCAGUGUGCCUCGGCCGAAGUCUCCUCACAUGAACAAUGAGGAGCCCAUUGAAUUGGCCCACUUUCCUGGUGCCCGACCACCCAAGCCCACUGAAAUCCCCAAGAUUGAAAGGGAUGAUUUCCCAGCACCACCGUUCCCUUAUACUGAUCCAGAGCGGCGGCGGCGCUGGAGUGGCAGCUCCAAGGAGUACGAGGUCGAUGAAGAGGAGGAGACGAACGAAGAGACCUUUGAGGAGGAUCCCCAAUUGAAGAAGGAAGAAGAGGAGCUCUCCAAGAUUGCCACAGGCAUCGGCAAGGUGUUUCUCAAAACGGUGAAGGAGCGGGAGAAAUACAGGGCCUGGAAAAUGACCCAUGUGGACCCACGCAAUGCUUCCCGAACGCCAUCAGCCAAUAAGGAGCCCACUUACCGGCUGCGCUAUGACAACCCGGUCAAUGCAUCUCCAUCACGGGACAUUGACAGACCUCGGCCGUGGGAGGAGGAUGAGUUCGACCGGGGAUCCAGCUACCGGUCAUCCAUGGGGCGCUCGGUGGGCACCACCCCUACCUACAAUGUGGUCUCAUCCCUGCGCACAGUCCCCAAGCCAGGCUAUGGUUUGGCUACCAAGUCUGCAACUCUGCCUGUGGGUGGUCGAGAUUUCAUGGCUCAAGAUUUAUCCUUCAGCAAGCUGGAAAAAACCCACAGCACAGAGUUCAGUUGUGGCAAGUCAGAUGUGUCCGCCACUUCAGACCAUGAUGGUGCUGUUAUGAAUCACAGCACAAGUGCUGUCCUUCGAUCAACCCCAUUCUCAGAUGGCUACUCAGGCUUUCGGUAUGCCUCCUACAGUCCACAUUUGAGGCGAUCAAUGCCAAAUGUCAACUGGCACCUUUCAACGGACCCACCAAAGCUGUACCCUUACCAUCUGCUAAUGACAUCCAACUAUCGGCUGCCCGUUGACGUGGACCGAUGUCAUCUGGAGCGUCAUCUGUCCAAUGAGGAAUUCCAGGCCCUCUUUCACAUGAGCCGGCUGGAGUUUUACCGCCUACCCGAAUGGAAACGCAAUGACCUCAAGCGACGGGCUAAGCUCUUUUAAGACUGGCUUUGAUAGAUUCUAAGUGCAGCACUAAUUAUGCAAGCUAUACAUUCUUCCUGCACCUACUUUUCACUGCCCUCUUGGUGAAUAUAUUUUUCUUGCUUUCGAUCUAGUCGCUUGCUCUUCAUGCCAUCCUGAUCUCGGACCCAGUAUUGUCAUAAAAUCAGCACAUCUGUGCUCUUGCACAAUUGGCAGCUGUUUUCAUUAUUACAAGGACCUUUGCUGAACAUAUUUAGGGUUCUCUACACCUUAAGGUAUAAAUUACACAUAAGCUUACUAGUUGCAAAAUAUUUAAGACAACCAUCACGCUCUGUGUUUUCAAUAUAUCAGCGCCUUAGAAAUAUGUAUUUAGCAGCUGGUGACACAGUUCCAACCACAGUUCAUUGCUGGUUCAAGAAUUACGUGUAUUACUGUGCCGCUGUCACUCUUGCAAGUGUGCCGCCCAACAACAUUGUUUGCAUGCUUGUCUAGCUAUCUCAAGUAUGUAGACGAUGAGAAUUAUUAAAAAAAACCUGCUUGCAGCUAUUUUCAUUAUUUCAAGGUGAAACACCUAUGGGAGCAUGAUAAAAGUUUUUUUAUAUCUCAAGAUAUAAAUUGUGUAAUACUUUCAAGUUGCAAAGUAUAACACAAUCACGCACUGGGUUUUUAAUUUAUCGGCAGCUUAGAAGUUCGAUUUUAUAUUAUAUAUGUAUUUAGUAGCUGGUGACAUAUUUUCACCCACAGGUCAGAGCUGGUUCGAAAUUGGCAUGGAUUAUUGUGUUUUAGGCUAAUGUCUUGUCACUCAUGCAAGUGUCCCACCCGAUAACAUUGUUUGCAGCUUGCUUAUUUGUCUAGCUCUGAAAUUUGUAGGCAAUUGGAACACAGUUGAUACAAAUAAAACCUGCUUGCAAUGCUUGCA